AUGAAGAAGGAGAGCGAGUACGGGUGGGAACGACGAACAAAGAGACUGGAGUGGAAAUUCGGAACAGCGAAAGAUCUGUCAAGGGAGGCGAAGAAGGCCGAGAAGCAGCAUGUUACAAAGCAGCAGCGAGCUCGCACGCACCCAGACUCAGGAGCAGGGGGCAGGGAAGCGAUGCCAGGCAAGACGAGAAUCAUCUGGGAAGGGUGA